AUGUCUGUGCUGCUUGAGACGUCACUUGGUGACAUUACCAUUGAUCUUCUGGUAGAUGACGCGCCAAAAUGCUGUGAGAACUUUCUCAAGCUAUGCAAAUCGAAGUACUACAACUUCGCGCCUGUGCAUAGCGUCCAGCCCAACUUCUCCUUCCAGACUGGCGAUCCCGUCGGUCCAGGAUCCAAGGACAGUGAUGGCGGUCGCUCAAUCUGGGGCUUGCUUGAUCCCACAGACACGGCAAAGAAGAACUUUGUACCAGAAAUCAAGCACCACCUGAAGCAUGCGGAGAUGGGCACCGUCAGCAUGGCCACAGCGCCAAAUCCAGAGAACCCUGACGAACGAUUCGCAGGCAGCCAGUUCAUCAUCACACUCGGCCCAAACAUCGACUUCUUGGACGGUAAGGCUGCCAUAUUCGGUACAGUCGUUGAAGGUUUCGAUGCGCUCGAGAAGAUUAACACAGCGUACGUCGACGACAAGGGCCAGCCGCUCAAAGACAUCCGCAUUCUGCACACUGUUGUGCUCGACGACCCCUACGACGAUCCUAUCGGUCUCAUAGAGCCACCAGAGAGCCCUCUCCCCUCUGCGGCGCAACUUGCAACAGUCCGUGUUGCUCACGAUGAGAACCUCGAGGAGGAGAAUGACCCAGAAGCGCUGGAGAAGGUUCGAAGGGAACGCGAGGCCCGCGCACAAGCCCUCACUCUUGAGAUGGUUGGCGAUUUGCCAUUUGCCGAGGUCGCACCUCCUGAGAACGUGCUGUUCGUCUGCAAGCUCAAUCCCGUCACGCAGGAUGAAGACCUGGAACUCAUCUUCUCACGAUUCGGCAAGAUAAUGGGAUGUGAAGUUAUCAGGGACAAGCGUACUGGCGACAGUCUGCAGUACGCCUUCAUCGAGUACUCAAACCAAAAGGAGUGCGAACAAGCCUACUUCAAGAUGGACGGCGUCUUGAUCGACGAUCACCGCAUCCACGUCGACUUUUCUCAGAGUGUGUCCAAGAUUGCCGAUGACUGGCGGGAUAUCACCAACAAGAAGCGGAGACGAGCAGCAGGUGGGUUUGGUGGUAUCGACAACCUGGAGAAGAAGACGCAGUACCGUGGCAGAGGAGGUCGAGACAUAGUCUCGGAUUCUGUCGUCAACAACCUUGUAGUCGAUCGUGAUGUCGCACCGCAGGAGAGUAAGGCCCGGGAUGACAAGGAGAGGAGACGAGAUGGCGCACAGCGACGUGAGCGGAGAGAAGAGUACCACGACGAUCGAUACAAGCGCAACCGCAGUCGCAGUCCACAACGCGACCGCAGGGAUCGCGACGACGGCCGGUACGAAUCCAACCGGAGAGAGCGAAGCCGUAGUCCUGACAGGCGUCGCGAAAGCAGACGGGAUCGGAGUCGAGACAGACCCAAGCGAGACGAUGGGGAGAGAAGACGUUAA